AUAGCAGACUAGAGCUGCAGGUCUACUAGAGCUGCAAAUGGCUCGCUUCGCUCGCCCUUUCAGGCUGGUUUGCUUCGCAAACCAGCUGUAGAUCCCAGGCCCACGUCACGAGCCAUUCAAUUCAGAGUCUGCAUAUAGCAGACUAGUACGGUACCGGUACCUGGAUUUACUUGGAUCCGGAUGUAGAGACAUACAUUAGGCCUACAGCUACAAAGCUUAUUUUAAAGCUGUAACUGUAUAAAGCUUUAAAGUCUAGCAAGCUACAUGAAACACUGCGGUUUUUAUUUGCAAUUAUACCUAUCUGUUGCAUCCGCUGAAUGUAUCUAUAGGAUCAGAUUGAUUUUCCUUUAAUAGCAGUUUUAAAUGACCGAUAAAAUGUCGAAAGUCAGAUUGCUCGACAAGCUCGUACAAGAAAGGGCUGGAUCAGGCGAUUCUUCACCACAAAAUGCCCCGAGAGUAGCGGACCAGAUUCUGUCGGGAAAUGAUGACGGCCAUGAGAAUGCUGAACAAACGCAUAUCUUCGAUGUUUUACCAGACUUACCAGCAGGACCUCUUGAUCUUUACCGAAAUAAUGCUUCGUUUGAUUGGAAGUCACUUAAGGUUGCAUUUGAAGGAGAAGAUUGUAUUCGUUAUCAUUACAAGAUAUGGAAAACGCUGGAGAAAGACCCACUCUUCCAACACAGUCAACGACCACUGACAAUGGAGGAAUCCAGAGCCCUUGUCUUCCGUCAAGUGAAGCAGCUGAUCUGCUACAACUUCCUCUCCAUGGAAGGCAUCCUAGCUAAUCCAGACACCAUCAGCUGGUUCAACAAUGCUGUAUGCCUUUAUGAUGCAGCACUGGCUACCAAGUUUAACCUGAACAAGAAUUUGUUUGGGCAGACAUUGAGAGCCAGUGGUUCCAUGAAGUAUGAAGACAUUGUCACACAGAGCGAGGCAUUAGAGAUAAUGGGUUGCUUUGCUUUGACUGAGUUGGCACAUGGGUCCAACACAAGAGCCAUGAGAACAACAGCAAAAUAUGACCCAAGCACACAGGAGUUUGUUGUGAAUACACCAGACAUAGAGGCCGCCAAGGUCUGGGUUGGUAUCCUUGGCAAAUCUGCUACCCAUGCUAUCGUCUAUGCCCAGCUCUACACCCCUGAUGGCACCUGUCAUGGCCUGAACUCAUUCAUAGUGCCUAUAAGGGAUCCAAAGACACUUCUACCACUCCCUGGGGUGAUGGUAGGGGACCUUGGAGAGAAGCUGGGACUUCAUGGGCUUGAUAAUGGUUUUGUAUCAUUCCACAACGUUCGCAUUCCAAGAGAAUACCUGAUAAACAGAACAGGAGAUGUGACAGAGAGCGGAAAAUUUGUCACUCCAUUUAAGGAUCCAAAUAAAAGGUUUGGUGCAUCCAUGGGUGCUCUGUCAUCAGGACGUGUUGGUAUUACAAACAUUGGUCUAGGAAACCUGAAGCUUGCCAUUACUAUUGCUGUCCGCUACUCUGCAGUCAGGAGGCAGUUUGGACCCACCUCUGAGGAGGAGCUACCAGUCUUAGAAUACCAGAUGCAGCAAUGGCGGCUGUUACCAUAUGUGGCUGCUUCUUUUGUACUGCAUCAUUUCUCUGAUAAAUUAUUCAAGCACUUGGUGGAAUGUCAGGUAUCCCUCAUGCUUGGAGACAAGAGUGAAAGACAGGCAGAGCUGGGGAAGGAGAUGCAUGCAUUGUCUAGUGCCUCUAAACCUCUUAGUAGCUGGUUAGCAAGGGACUGUAUACAAGAAUGCAGGGAGGCAUGUGGAGGUCAUGGAUACUUGUGGGUGAACAGGUUUGGUGUUUUACGAGACGACAAUGAUCCUACAUGUACAUAUGAGGGAGACAACAAUGUCCUGCUCCAACAGACUAGUAACUACUUAUUAGCUCUAUCUGCUGCUAAAAGAAGAGGUGAGACCAUAUCUUCUCCCAUUGGUACAGUUGAUUUUCUGGACUCUAUGUUUGAUAUUAUCAAGCAGAGGUUUACAGUGCACAAACUAGAAGAUGUAAUUAAACCCCAAGUGAUUAUCAGUGCAUACCGAUGGCUAGUCGUCUAUCUCCUUCAGGAGAGUGCCCAUAAGCUCCAACAGGAGCUCAUGAAUGGAAAAGAUGCAUUCAGUGCACGUAAUGACUCACAGGUCUACUUCUGUAGGACCUUGGCAAUAGCUUUUAUGCAGCACACACUUCUUGAUCAGUUUUGGAAUUACCUAAAAUCUGGUGAUCUGAUACCUGAGCAAACUGCUGUUCUCACUAAACUCUGUAGUCUCUACGGUCUUUGGAGUCUUGAGAAACAUAUGGCCACUCUUUAUCAAGGAGGAUAUUUCUGUGGGGCAGAGACUGCUAGGUUAAUCCGUGAUGGUAUCCUUCAUCUCUGUACAGAGCUUAAGAAUGAUGCAGUAUCUUUGGUUGAUGUUCUUGCUCCACCUGAUUUUGUACUCAACUCACCUAUCGGAUGUGCAGAUGGCCAGGUUUACAAACGUCUUUACAAUGCCAUCCUCCAGACUCCAAACUGCCUUGAGAGACCUUCUUGGUGGAAGGAAUUCCUUGAUAAACCAGUUGUUGGUUCCAUCCCUCCUGCAAAGCUCUGAAUCAUAAAAUUGCUGAUGCCAGAUCAAAAUCAAGACAAUCAGAUUAAAGAAGAUUGUGAUUGGCUGGUGCCUGUAAUUUCAACAGUGUCAGCAAAGGUGGAUGUGGGUCCAGUGACACUAAGCUUUAAACAGUGAUUGAUUUCAUAUCUUUUUACAACUGAUUGCAUUGAUCACUGUGUGUAAUCCUUCCCAAGAAUCAGUUGUACAUUCAAUUGCUGAGCUUUGGGAUACCGGGUCCGGAAUCCCUUCCCUGCAGGAAAUUUUAUAUCUUGUUAUCAAAGGGAAAAUUAAGCUGUGGUUAUGAUGAAAUACAAAUGAUUGUAAUAUAGCAGAUUCUUGUUAUUUCAUUGAGGAAAUUCUCCAAUUUCACUUUGCUCUAUAUGGACUGCUCAAGGCAUGAUAAUUUGGGAGCAUUCCAACAAUUUAUAUGAACUAGAAGACAAUGACAAAUCAUUUUAGGAAUUAUGGACUUGCCAUUGUAGUAAGAAGUUAAGAAUGAACAGUACCCUUCAAAGCCCACUCAUUCAUGGUGUGAAGGAAGAAAAUUGAUACAAUGUAUGGGCUAAACAUUUAUUUUAGUUCUGUAUAUCUUAUGCACUUCUCAUAACUCUUUGUAGAAUUUUAUGAUUUAUUGUUAAGGAUUUUGGUGAUUCCAAAGUUGGGUAGUGUUCUCAUUUUAAUGAAACAAUAUUCGUUUAGAGACUGUUUGAUCAGGACUAAAUUUAAUCCUUGAUUAAAUUAUGUAAAAAUUAUUAGCCAUUGUGUUGUCAUGUUGACUACUUCAUUGUUUAACGCUUGUCUGCUUUAUAUAUGUACAUGUAAUUACUGUAGGUAAAGGAGAACAAAUUAUUUAAAUUGAUCAUGUAAUGGUGUGUAUGAUACUGAAAAUACAGUAACUAAUUUAUUAAAUUGUGCUCUAUGAAUGUUUGCUAGUCAUGAGAAUCAAAACUGUUUUUUUUUAAUGCCCAAAUGAGUGUGUGAAUUUGCUUUGUUUUGUAUAUUUCACAGCUACUUUGCAUGUCGCUUAUUGGAAUAUAUCUACUGAUAUAUCUGAUGAUUAGAAAUUAAUGUUUCAAGGUCAAAGUUAAAGAUCAUUUUAGGUCAUUAAUCUUGGGUUUUAUUAUCAAAUUAAUGAUAUUUUUCUCUAAUAUUGAAAAAAAAAAUCAUCUAAACUUGUUUUUAUAUUCCAUAAAGCUUGUAUAUAAAUAGGAUCAAAUAUCAGCUGUUAUGUGAGUUCAAAUUUCAGGUAAUUUGAUAAACGUCAAAGGUCAUUCAGGUUAAAAACUUGGAUGAAAAUUGAUAGUUUAUCACAAUUUCAUCAGUAAGUUUUCAUAUCCAUUUUCCCUUUUGUGGUCUUGGAUUUUACAUUAUAUAUUCAAAGGAUAUAAUGGGAAAGACAUUUUGAUAUUUCGAUGUCACAAAGUCAACACUCCUACAUAUUUCAUUAGAAUAGCCAUAUUGGUGUGUAUACUAGAUGCAAUGAGUGAGUGUUAAUUUUCAGAACAAAUACUACUAACCUCCAGAUCUAGGCUAGUUUCACACUUGUUAUAGUCAUACUGCAAAUCUCUUUUUAGCAUAUGGUGUAACAUCAUGACUGUUAAUGACUAAAAAUGUUUAUGUUUAAUGUGGUCCGGUUUAAUGAUCUUGAAUGAAAGAAUACAAAAUUCAAGCACUGAGAUAGAAAAAAGGAGGAAUUAUUGGUAUACCAUUGAUGAGAAUCAAUAACUGAAUAACAAAUUAAGCGUAAUAUUACUGUUAAGGUUAUGAACUUGAUUGUGUUAAGUUUGUUGAUUUGGUGAUGAUUCGUAAGGGAAGUGAAUUAGAAGAUUAGAGUCUGAAAAGGAAAAAAGAAAUGCUGAGAAGGAAAAUUGAUGAUGCAACAGCUCAGUAUAAUUAUGUGUUUGCUCAUAGUGCAAUGCAACCAUCAUUUUUAAUAUUAUUAUGGUGGCCACAUCAGUAUUGUUUAGUAAAUCUACACAUAUGUAGAAUUGAAUGGCGAUAUGGAAGUAGUAUCUACUAUUUAUUAUCUCACAUGCCUUGUAAUCAUGGUUGGGCUAUACAACUUUUAGGUACAUGCCUUUUAAUAAAUGAGAUGGCAUGUUAGAUGCUCUCAGAAAGGCACUUCUCAAAAAUGCAGAUUUACCUAAAAAAAAGGAGGGGGAAUACUUGAGUGCAUUGACAAACAUUCCCAUGUAUUGACAGAUCUGUUAAUUGUACAUAUAUACUCGUACUUGACAAACCAAUAUUUGUUUUUAAGUUUUGUUGUUGUUUUUUUUUGGGGGGGGGCUUUGCAUCUUUUUCUCUUUGCUUUUAAAAUUCAGAGAAAAGGAAACAAAUAACUAAAAGUAAUAAUGUGAGGCCUAUGUUUUAUUUGUACUUGCCUAUGUCAUUCUGUUGGGUGUCGCCUUAAAAAAAUAUGAAUUUGUGCUUGUAUUUUGAUGAUUAUCUCCAAAAUUUGUGCAAUAAGAUAUCUUAAGGGAUAAUUAUCUUUUUUGAAUUUGAAUUUUGUUUCUAUUUACUUUGGUAUCAAAUUUACUAAUACUAUUUUUAAAAGUAAUGUAAACAUCAUAGUAAGGUAUAAAACUUUUAACAAGUAUAAUUUGCACUUAUAGGCCCGUAUUCUGAAGACGGGUUUAACUUAAAUUCAGAUUUAAAGUUGUGGUUUAAGUAUGGAUAGCCAAUUGUUACAUAAAUCACUAACAGGAGAGAUAUCAUACUUCAGCUCAUUUGGCUCUCAAAUCAUUCAUAAUUGUCUAGGAAGUAUAAAUAGAUGAUUGUCUUCACCAUCGAUGAAUCAGGAAAGAGCACAGUAAACAUAAGAAACAUACAACUUAAUAAAAAAUGUUGAUACUUUUGGCUUCCCAUACUUAAACCACAACUUUAAACCUGAGUUUAAGUUAAUCCCGACUUCAGAAUACGGGCCAUAGAAUUUAUCACAGAAACAGUCAAGAUGGGGAUUAAUUUUCUGUAAAACUGUAUCUUUGGAAUUUUAAUGAAUUGAACAUGCAAUGUUCCACUCUUUUGAUGAACCUGUUAUGGUAUUGAAUUAUUGUGUUUAACAGGCUUGGCAUGAACCAAUGUUGGUUAACAAGGUUAGAAUGUGUUGACAAAAAAUAGUAUCCCAGUCUACUAAUAUCAACAUAAUUGAGUGGUUAUGUAGACUAGAGAUUAAAACCUUCCAGAUUGUAGGCCUUCUGUUCAUUCAAUGGAAGUCAGCUUAUGAUAAACAAGUGCACUUGAUCCUGCAUCUGGUAUGAUCAAUGCAAACAGGUGAACAAUUGUUUAAUAGGAAGUCACUGUGUUUAGCCUCAUCUGAGGAAGAAUGAAAAGGGUGGAAUUAAUGCUUUGCUUGGCAAGUUAAUGAAAAAAUUAUGAUGCAUUUUGAAAUUGGUAUUCCAUUCUCCAUAUGUAAUUAUAUUGACUUGAUAGCAGCUGCUUAUGUUGAGCUUUAAAGGGCCACUCUCGGCUGAAAAUGAUGUGAUUUGGAUGAACAGAGUAAAACUAAAUAAGCAACACUGAAAAUGUUAUUGAAAUCAGAUGAUUUUUAAAGUUUUGCAUUAUUGAGGGCCCUAUUUCAUUUUUGUUUUUCAAUACAUGUGUACACAAUAGUGUAGUAAAUUGCAGCGAUUAUAAUCUUACACAUUGCAUCAGUACUCGCAGUCAUUCUUUUGUUUACAUAUUUGGAGCAGACAAUUUGAAUAAUUGUGACUUCAUAUGUAAGGUUUGACAAUUGGAAACAAUACCUGAAAUCCCACUUCAUAUCCCUUCAGCCUGGAGUGCCUCUUUGUAUCUGAGCUUACACCCUAUUCCCCCAUGCAUACCCAUGCUUGUAUAAAUUAUUAUUAAAGUAUAAUUCUGCAAUAAAUUGUCAUAUUCUA